UCCUCGUUGCUUUCAUCGACGUUAUCAUACGCUCCCAGCUCGACGUCGACAAGCAAUGGAAACACAUCGAAUAGCGGUUCAUCUCUACUCUUUGGCUUUCUUGUCACUGUAUUGUCACUCUUCGGCCUAUUCAUGAUUAGUGGACUCGUAUGGCAUCGUCUGGUCAUACGGCGUCAGAUGAUUGAUGAGAUGUUGCGGGUUGAUAUCGAUAUCCCCUUGCAGAGAAAGCGUAUGCAGAAGCCUCUACUGUGGGAUGUACAGGUUUUGCUAGGUCAGGACUGUUCGCAAUGGAGGGACACACAGCCGUUAGCAACGGAAAAGUACGACAUUCCGUUACCACCGCCACUGGACCGCCAAACACCGAGACCUUCUUUCUGGAAACGUCAGGUUAUCAACCGCAUACCACCUGAGAUAACCUAUCUCUUUUCUCCUCCCACCCUAGUUAAAGUGACUGAUUCCCCACAUCUGAAUCAUUCGAAGAUGGAGCUCCCGUUGGAUCGAUCUCUUCUCCAAGUUUCGGUCUUGAUAGCCAUGCCACGACCACCAGAUUUGUUAUCGCCUUCGUCGAAAGGUGUGGGAUUGAAGAAGCACCAGCCAUUGUAUGAGAUCGUUAUUGGGACAUCGAACGUGUACUAUCAUGAUUUGGACUCG